AUGAUUGCAGUGAAUCAAGGCCUAGCAACAUUAGCAUUCUUUGGAGUAGGAGUGAACUUGGUGUUGUUCUUAACCCAGGUUCUCGACCAAGACAACGCUAGCGCUGCCAAUAACGUUAGCAAGUGGACCGGAACCGUCUACCUGUGCUCGCUGAUCGGAGCGUUCCUUAGUGAUUCAUAUUGGGGUCGGUACUUGACAUGUGCCAUCUUUCAGCUCAUACUUGUGCUGAGUUUGGGACUACUGUCACUCGCUUCAAGGCUUUUCUUGAUAAAUCCUGCUGAUUGUGGUGAUGGAAUAAGACUCUGCAACACCCCAUCACAACUCGGUUUUUCUAUGUUUUACUUAUCGAUAUAUCUUGUAGCGUUCGGAUUCGGCAGGCAUCAACCGGCCUUAGCCACAUUUGGAUCAGACCAGUUCAAUGAUUCGCAUCACAAAGGAGCGAACUUGAAAGCUGCAUUCUUUAGUUACUUCUACUUUGCACUCAAUGUUGGCUCUCUAUUUUCAGACACUAUACUGGUUUACUAUGAGAAUUCAGGCAUGUGGACGCUAGGCUUCUUGGUUUCUUUCGGCUCUGCAAUCAUAGCCCUGUUAUUCUAUCGGUCGGGGACUCCGAGAUAUCGGUACAUGAAAGCGAGUGGCAAUCCGCUGCCCCGCGUCGCUCAAGUAUUCGUGGCUGCAUAUAGGAAGUGGGGUGUCACGCCGGCUAAUGCCGGUGCCUUGUAUGAGGUCGAACGAACCGAAUCCGCAAUCAAAGGUAGCAAAAAGAUACUUCACACUUCACAGUUCCUCGACAAGGCGGCUAUGAUAACUCCGAAUGAUUUGAGUGCACCAAACAAUCCAUGGAGGCUUUGCACCGUGACACAGGUUGAAGAAGCCAAAUGUGUACUAAAAAUGUUACCAAUUUGGCUUUGCACUAUAAUGUACUCUGUAAUCUUCACGCAAAUGGCAUCCCUUUUCGUGGAGCAAGGAGAUGUAAUGGCGUCCAAACUCGGAGACUUCCGCAUUCCGGCAGCGAGCAUGUCGGCAUUUGACAUUUGCAGCGUGCUCAUCUGGACCGGGGUGUACCGACACGUUGUCAUUCCCCUGGCUCGAAGAUUAAGCAAUAACCCCAAGGGACUAACCGAGCUUCAAAGAAUGGGAUCGGACUCAUCACCGAGAUACAAAGGCUCAAAUCCGUGA